AGGAGAUACAGCAACAGCUGUGUGUCUGCCUGUAGGAGCAGCAGCAGCUGUGUGUCUGCGUGUAGGAGAUACAGCUGCAGGAGCUAUGUGUGUGCCUGUAGGAGAUGCAGCAACAGCUGUGUGUCUGCGUGUAGGAGAUGCAGCAGCAGUAGUAGCGUGAGGCCGGAGAACUCAUGGAGAUGUGCAGAGAAGAUGAAUAGGGGUGGGGCUAGGGACUUGCUCUGUAGAUGUCGACGAGAUCAAAAUGCUGGAUGCUGCCAUGCAGCGUGGCUGCGCCGACGCUUGCGAUAGAUGCUGAGUGGUAUGGUACAGCCGUGCCCCUAUAGAUCUGCAUGGUACAGCCGUGCCCCUAUAGAUCUGCAUGGUACAGCCGUGCCCCUAUAGAUCUGCAUGGUAUAGCCGUGCCCCUAUAGAUCUGCAUGGUAUAGCCGUGCCCCUAUAGAUCUGCAUGGUAUAGCCGUGCCCCUUGAGAUGCUCCUAGAGAUGUUGAUGUGUCAUAUGGUAAAAACUCGUACUGCAGCAGGCGCGUGCUGGAUGGUAUAGCUACACUGCUAGCGACGACGCUACAGACGUGGCCAUGCCGUAUGGCAUAGCUGCACUGCUAUAGAUGUGGAUGUCCUGUCGUUCUAUAGCUGUGCCGUUACAGAUUAUGCUAGAGAUGUGGAUGUGCCGUAUGGUAUAGCCGUUCCGUGAUAGAUGUGGCUAUGCCGUAUAGAUGUACCUGCUGUAGGUGUGUGCUGUAUAGGAUAGCUGCACUCUAGAUGUGGGUCCCGGCCGUCUGUAGAGCGUCGCUAUAGGCUCCGGCGUACUCUCAACCGGUGUGUUCAUAAUGAGGGCGAAUUCUCAUCCCGAAUGCAGCGCUUACACGACGUGUAACUUCAUGGUCAACAUGUACUUAUCAACAGAGCCCAAGUACGAGGGGGGGCACCAGGUCCGGGACGGCUCUGGGUGGGGGGUGGGGGCCACGCACCCCCACCACAAAGGCAGCGGGCAGAUCCAGCUGUGGCAGUUCCUGCUGGAGCUGCUGUCGGACGCGUCGAACGCGCACUGCAUCGCGUGGGAGGGCGCGCGUGGCGAGUUCAAACUCACGGACCCCGACGAGGUGGCGCGCCGCUGGGGAGCGCGCAAGGCGAAGCCCAACAUGAACUACGACAAGCUGAGCCGCGCGCUGCGCUACUACUACGACAAGAACAUCAUGAGCAAGGUUCACGGCAAGCGCUACGCCUACCGCUUCGACUUCCAGGGCUUGGCUCAGGCGUGCCAGGCUCCAGUUCCGGAUCCCACCGCCUACAAACUCCAGUCCGCGCUCACCCCGCUCCACUUCGCCUCCAGCUUCCACAAGCUCAACCUGGUCAGUGGGGCCGCCCCGGUCUCUCCUCCCGCCCAGUUCACCUACCCGUGGGUCCACCAUCACCACCACCACCAUCACCACCACCAGCAGCACCUGCAGCAGCAGCAGCAGCAGCACCAGCAGCACCAGCAGGCAAUCGUCUCUUCAGGUUCCGGCUCAUCAGCUCUCGGUGUCCCGGGCUGCCACAUCGGGUCCCCGAACUCCUCAUCCUCCUCAUCAUCAUCAUCAUCAUCGCCGUCCUCCUCUGCUACCGCGGUCGCUGCGGCCGCGGCCGCCGCCGCUGCGGCCGCGGCCGCGGCCGCCUCCUCGCACCUGGCUCUGCAACCAUCGCACCUGUUCGGGGGCCUGGCGUGCGCGUCGCACCUGGGCGCGACGUCGUCGCACCUGGGCGCGUCUCACCUGGGCGCGUCUCACCUGGGCACGUCUCACCUGGGCGCGGUCUCGUCCCACCUGGGCGCGUCGUCGUCCCACCUGGGCGCCUCUCACCUGGGCGCCUCCCACCUGGGCGCCUCUCACCUGGGCGCCUCUCACCUGGGCGCCUCCCACCUGGGCGCCUCGCCGUCUCACCUGGGCCCUCACCACCACCACCACCACUUCACAGGGCUCUUCCAGGACGCGCCCUGA